AUGGCCAGAGAAGAUUCCGUCAAGUGCCUACGCUGCCUUCUCUAUGCCCUUAAUCUGCUCUUUUGGUUGAUGUCCAUCAGUGUGUUGGCGGUUUCUGCCUGGAUGAGGGAUUAUCUGAAUAAUGUUCUGACUUUAACUGCAGAAACAAGGGUUGAGGAGGCUGUCAUCUUAACUUACUUUCCUGUGGUUCAUCCCAUCAUGAUUGCUGUCUGUUGCUUCCUUAUCAUUGUGGGGAUGUUAGGCUACUGUGGAACAGUCAAAAGAAAUUUGCUGCUUCUUGCAUGGUACUUUGGAAGUUUGCUUGUGAUUUUCUGCGUGGAACUAGCCUGUGGAGUUUGGACUUAUGAGCAAGAAGUUAUGGUCCCAGUUCAAUGGUCAGAUAUGGUCACUUUGAAAGCGAGAAUGACAAACUAUGGCUUACCUAGAUACCGAUGGCUGACUCAUGCUUGGAACUUCUUUCAGAGAGAGUUUAAGUGCUGUGGAGUGGUGUAUUUCACAGAUUGGUUAGAAAUGACAGAGAUGGACUGGCCUCCAGAUUCCUGCUGUGUUAAGGAGUUUCCAGGAUGUUCAAAGCAGGCAAAUCGUGAAGACCUCAGUGACCUUUUUCAAGAGGGUUGUGGGAAAAAAAUGUACACCUUCUUGAGAGGAACCAAACAAUUACAAGUCCUAAGAUUCUUGGGUAUUUCUAUCGGAGUUACACAAAUUCUGGCAAUGAUCCUCACUAUUACCCUGCUGUGGGCUUUGUAUUAUGACAGAAGAGAUCCUGGGACAGACCAGAUGAUGUCCUUGAAGAAUGACACCUCACAGCACCUGUCAUGUCAUUCAGUAGAGCUGCUGAAACCAAGUCUGUCAAGGAUCUUUGAACAUACAACCAUGACAAACAGCUUUAAUACACACUUUGAAAUGGAGGAGCUGUAGAUAAUGCAAGAGGAUGAGACCACAAAAUUUUUGGAUUGGACUUGUGAUUUUUUUUUAGACCAUACAAUCCUUUGUCCAUCUGUUUAUGAAAUAUCUCCUUCAAAGAAUACUCAGAGACCUGAUUUUCUGCUUCCUAAACCAAGGAGAAAAGGAUUUCACAUCAUACUAGAAGUUACCAAAUGACUGUACAGUUGAAAAAAAAAACACCUCCUUUAUAGUGUUGGGGGACAGAAGUAACAUCGGUCUUUUAGACUAUCGUGUAAAAUUCUUAUUGUUUGUAGAUGUAGUUACAUUUGGAAGUUUACUAUGAUAAAAUUUGACUUACAUCCACAGGCUAUUUAGUUUAUAAAGCACUGACUAAUGACUAAUAUAGGAAAGUAGAAAGUACUAAUAAUGAUCCUUACUCUUUGAUGGUGAAUUAUUUUGAGGGUGUUGAAAAGAUCCUACAGGAAAAAACCAACCAACCAAACAACAACAACAAAAAAACCUCUUUGUUGCUUACCAAAUUAAAUGUGACUUUCUUUAAAAUUUCUAAAAAUGAACUUUACCACUUAAAAAAACUAACCCAAUAUCUUAAAACUGGUCAGGGAUAUUUGUGUAAAUGAUUGUUUUCUCUGUGUUAAAUAAAUCUGUAUAUUUUAGUAGAUUUCAAUCCAGUAAAUGUUAAAAAAAACAAUUGUGAAAAGGAAGACAUUGCAUUUGCACAGCACCUUUAUUUUUACCUUUCCUGUAAGAUGAUUUUUAGAGUUCUGUCCUAUAUUUUAUAACUAUUAAAAAUCACUAGGUUUGGAAAAUCACCAGUGUGAUAAAUAGGCAUCAUUAUUUUUCAGAAUGUCGUCCUGUCUUUAGAAAAUUUUUAACGAGGCAGUUCUCACUUAACUGGGUUUUUAUUGUAAGACUCAAGAGCUGUACUUUUCUAAACUGUGGCUCAGUAUGAAAGCUAGUGCAUUUUCAGAUACUUAUUAUUGCCCUCAGCCUGUAGAAUAUACUAUUCUUAUUAUCCAGUCACAUGCCUGAGGUAUAAUUUCAAUAAAUUAAAUAUUGUUUGAUUAGUAAUUUUUUUGCUGUAUCACUUCAAUUUUGACACUGGGGUUACACAAAUUAUGAAAUUUCUACAAAAGUUAAAAUAUAUUUAUUUGAAAUGGGAAAAGUGCAUUUUACUGUAUUUUGUGUAUUAUGUUUAACAGAAUAUUUGAAAGAAAAUUAAACACAUUUCAAUAAA